AUGCUGGAAGAUCAGUUCUUUAAGCAAUUGGGACUGGCCACGGUGUGCAUGCUUUAUGAGAUGCCAGAUAUGAAGAUACAUCCCAAAUUAUCAAUUAGCAAGAACAAAAAUAAGAAUUGGAGAACAACGAGUUUAUAUGCUAAAGUGAAUGAAUACUGGGACAAACGACAUGACUAUGUCAUGAAAGCUGAAGAGGUUACUUCAAUUCGUUGA